GUAAGCAGUGCGCGCUUAUUAUCAGAGACACAUGACUACUACUGACAGCACGCUGACGAACCUCAAUGGAAAAGGACUCUCAGCAAUCGUCACGGGUGGGGCGUCGGGAUUAGGACUUGCUACCACCAAACGACUGCUGGAUUCUGGAUGCAACGUCAUGGUUUGCGACAUAAAGAAGCAUGAAGACUUUGAAGCAAUCGAGGCGCGUUGCGUAUAUCAAAACACCGACGUGACCUCCGAAACAGAUGCUGCGAAAUCCAUCGGUCUCGCUAAGAAACUCUUUUCCAGGUUGGAUAUUCUUGUCAACUGUGCCGGUGUAAGGGAUUUAUGCAAAACGUACGAUGCAGAGAAGAAGUCAACGCAUCCACUCGACACUUUCGAACAAAUCAUCAAAGUCAAUACCACCGGGACAUUCAACAUGAUUCGACUGGCUGCCGCAGCAAUGGCAGAGAACCAACCAGAUGAAGACAACCAGCGCGGUGUCAUUAUAAACACAGCUAGCAUUUCAGGUAUUGAGGGGACGGAAAAAUCUGCGGCGUAUGCGGCUAGCAAGGCUGCUGUAAUAGGAAUGACACUUCCAAUCGCACGCGAUUUGGCUGACUUGGGCAUCCGCGUGGUAACUAUAGCACCAGGUAUGUUUCAUCUCCCACUGUGUUGGAGCUUAUUUUACUCCAUUAUAACACGAGGUUGCUUUUCUGGUGGAAAUCUGGGAUUAGCGAACCCACUCAACUUUAUCCAUCUUACCAGUAAAUAACCAGUAGAUGCCGAAAUCUUAGGAUGUUUAUCUUUCGACGAACUUGUAUUUACACAUGUCUUUCAGUUCUCUAUCCGUCUACAGUUUGCGGAAGUAGACACCCUCAGAAUUACAGGUAGAAGCUGGUGCAACCUGCAUUAGAAAUACAUCUACCAUUCGGUAUAAGAUUGGGGUUAUUUCAUGUGCGUGGGAUCUGUUUCUAGAUUCUUAAUUGUUACGCGAUUCAUAGAACUAACGAUGCGCCUCUGGGGUGCAGCCAGAUAUCCACGAGGACAGAAGGAGGGAAUUGGACUUGCGCACCAGUAGUGACCGUAUAACUCAUGUUCACACGUAGACUCUUACAGCAUUCCUCUAAUAACAAAUGUCAAAUACUUAAGUAUGAAUCCUUAAUGAGCUUGUAGCCCACAACCUGCCAAGCGAAACCAUCUGAGUGACAGUCCCUAGGAUGUAUGUGGUUAACUACAUUAAUCAAAGUCACCUAAAAGAUAAAAAACAUAAGCUUAUUCAAGAAGAUACUGGAAGCGCAAUUAAACAGAAUUAACAAGCUCAAAUCGGAGCUAAAGCAAUCGAUGAAUAAGUGCAAUUAACACUUAUUACCCUUGGCGAAAGUUUAAUGUCUCAUGCUACUUCUUACGCGAGUGGUCAUUAAACGCUAUUGAUUCGUCUAUAUUUAGCAGUAGAUUAUGGCCUAAAGCUUUACAAUGAUUGUUACAUGGUUUUACCUCUCCCUCUUUACGUCAAAAAUAUCACUUCGGCCACCCUGAAACAGCUGAAAGAAGUUAUGAAAUAAUAUCCCAGAUGUAAAGCGACUAAUAGCGUGAGUACGGGGACCUUGGAAACUUUGGUUGAUGCAGCUAUGUACCAACAGUUCUUUGUAAAUGCUAGGCUUUUUCAGACCAGAUGAAAUGGCGUUUAAUUCUAUUUCCAAUACGGAUCUCGCAUUCGGAAAGUGGCAAGAGAAUCUGUUUGGUUGGAUACGCGUAAUCGUAACUCAGAAAAGCGAUGCAGUUGUAUGCUAGAAUGUCUAAAGAAUGAGAUACUGACACAAUCCCUCAUACGGAAACCAAGUACUACUUUUAAAUUCGCAGGGAUGUUGCUCGAUAUGUCCAAACGUUUUUGAAACAACAAACGCAUUUAAAACUAGGAAGUUUGAUUGGGAUUCGCAUCGGCGCAGAGUGGAUUUGACAGCCACUGUUAUGUAAACGCAUUCUGAUGACUUUGCGACAACGGUUUAUAAGUCAUUACAAAGUGUUGAGACAGGGGUGUAUAGGUUAAAUAAGAAUGAAACCGUCAAGAAGGCGAUUAAUGACAAGAAAACGGAUAAAUAUUUUAGAGCAGUGUUAGACAAUCCCAGGGAACAAGAACGUUUUGAUCUCGCCCCAAAAGCGACUGUACCCCCGAAGUUUCAUGGGUCGUAAAAAUACGCAGGCCUACUGUUAACAUGCGGCGUAACUUCAUCGACAUAGACAAUGCAAUUGACGAAGUCGCAGAUUAGUAUGCAUCAAUGUUGCAGGCCCUAACAGAAAAUACGAUUACCAUACUGUAAAGGUCGUACGUGUUUUUCCAAAACAUAGCACAGCUCACCGACUCGCCGGGAGAACUAAGGGUGUGUACCUGUAUAAUCUCGCUUUUACUAAGGUAUCUAACAAGUAAGAACCGGGGAUAGCAAGUGUUGUUCCUCAGGGCACUAACGAUGUGCCCAACGGAAAUGGGCACAAUGGUGGCUGAUUGUCCUAAGAAUGGAAAUAACCAGGAACGAGAUUUGUGUGAAACAAUCGGGUAGGGGGUUCUCACGACUACAUGGUGAGUCAUUUAUAUCCGGCCAGUUUGGUGGGUGUCGAUAGGCCGUCAGCUUAUCUAUCAGAGACCAUGCAAUCAAGGUUAAUAAAACUAAUUGUCGAUGCGCCAGAUGGUAAAAUCACAAACCCAUCCCAAGCUGGUUGAAGCACUUAAGAUGACUCCUACACCUAAGUCGGCAAAGUUCAUUGACUUAUGUAGUAGUUAGCGCCAUCCUUGCUUAAUCCAUCGCUCUAUGUUUACUCCUACGCCAGCAACAGAAAAUUCAGCUAGACUGAUAAAGAAUUUGCGUCACAAAUGUUACAUGGACAAACCAACAGUCUAGUCAAAUUGCAUUUAGGUGUGCUGGUCAAAAUUGCCUGCCAGUCAUCACGGGUUUCGAGCCAGUUGCAAGUUAUCAGGUAGAGAUAGCGACUCUCGAACCACGGUCCACAUAACCUUCAGUCGUGCGUACUACUCUGAGGAUACAUAGUCGCAGAAGGUAGUGUUAAAAGUAUUUUGACAGAGUGUACUAGUCACUCACAAAACGUGGACUCCCAGAAGAUCUUUUCAAUCCGUCACUAAAGGUUACGACAAGCGUCGUUCGCCGUGUCACGGUCGCUUCGGAUUAGAAUUGUCAGAUAACAUCCCAAAGGCUCCGGGUUCGAGCCCUGCUAUCUCUGAGUGCCGUGAUCGAAUAGAUUCCUCAUUGGUUUUGGUGUUUAGUCGUUUCGAACAAGCAACACUCACUUUCCAUCUGCAUCUUCAGUUUCGGUUCCAGUGUUCAAAUUAACCAAGGUUCAUUUUAAAGGGAUUCGCUGUCCAUAUUGAGACUGUGCCAUGCAGUUUACGCAUACGAUGACUGCAUUAAAAUGGCACACCAUUCAGGAAACUUUUCCCGUCGUGACCCGGUGCAUAAAUGAGUAGAGGUCCGUGAUCCAAAGCCUGCUAUCCCUACAUGAGGAGGUCAAUCAAAUUCAAAAGGUGAAGGGUAAUUCAGUGUUAUCUAGUUGGUAAAACGCAUAUUCCAUACGCCUCGGCUACGAUCCUAGUGAUCGGAUUGCCUGCCCUUCAUUACAGUAUGAAUGGCGGUCGAUAUUGAGAUUUCUUUCGCCGUUCAUUCACACACAGUGCUUCAAAACGUCCUCCAAGAGCAAUCAUCAAACUAAUACUCGCAAAUCUCCCCGAAAUAAAUACUUCUUGAUUGGUUCCAAGCAAAUGUUAAGAGUACAAAUGAUAUCAGUUAGACGAAUUUAAGGCAUCACAAUACAUAUGGUGUGCUAAUUAUUCCUGCUUUGUUGAGCUUAUAGUUCACGGGUCAAAGUACACGCGUGCAGCCUCAGUUCCGCUCAUAUGUACUAUUUUCAACCGGAAUACUUGCUCCUAGGGUAUGUUAGGAGAGGAUGUAUGCUAAAAGCUAUCCUAAUUAGUGCAAGUGAAAAGGACACUAGUUUGAUGGUGUACAUGGUUUCAUGAUUUUCUUGACAUAUUUUUAAUUUGCCAGUCAGUACAAAAUGCAGGAGAUUACGUAAAGAAACACAAUUGUCGGAUAUUUAAUACGUAUGUUCCCUUAGGUUUAAAUAAUUCAAUCCCACGUGUUAAUUCACUGCGGCUAAACUACAACUAUGUUUCUACAAAUUAGAGUUUGAACGAACCGAAAGAACUUGUCUACCUCGUUAACAAUUCUGCCUAAUUAAAUAGAUGUAAACGAUCGACGCUCAACUGAAAAUCACCUUUGUCGACGUAGGAAAUUUCAGUCAUUUGGCUGCAGUCGCGAUUUGGGCACCAUUGUAAGAUUGAACAUUUUCAAUAAUUGAUAGUUUUAAACUCACGGGUAGAUUUUCACACAAAAGGUAUUGUUGAAGUUACCUCUUCUGAAACAUUCUCUCUCGGACAUACAGGCGUGUUCAACACCCCUAUGCUUACCAGUGCAUCUGCUGAGACCAAUUCGUGUCCGUCCCCACGCAAUCCCCGACGGGUUGGCAAGCCGGAGGAGUUUGCACAUCUGGUUGAAGCCGUGAUUCAAAACCACAUGCUGAAUGGUGAGGUGAUUCGUUUGGAUGCAGCUGCACGCUAACGUAAAUGACUGAUUCUGGUACGCCAGCAGCUGUUCUCUAGCGUUCAUUCAAUCAGUUCAUGAUCGGAUUGACAACAGAACUUCCUGACACGUGGGUAAUUUUGCACCUAAUUCAAAUUCGUGAGGUAAUCAGCCAACUGCAAAUUUCACAAAGCUGUUAAAUUUAACAUUAGUUAUGUACAUGCGGUUGCUUGAAUCGAUGUACCAAAAAGAGCAUUCUUACCAACAGUUUUGCUUCCACAAUUUCCAUUGUUUAACAAACUUUGUGAGUUAGAGGUUAAGAUCAAAAAGUUACACAUGCCAUC